AUGAACCACAGGGCACUGGCAGCUGACCACGACAGCCGUCCUGUGGGUUACACCGAGGGACGCCGCGCUCGCAGCAGAGACAACCUGCUUGAUGACUAUGGAGAGGAAAACUGCUACUACGGACGCUUCAUGGGGCCCAGCAGCUCGGAGAGGCAGCUCAUGGCUCGCCUCACUGCGGUUAAGCGGCGGCAGGCUCUGCGUGGUCAGGCCUACAUGUUUUCUGCUCCGUCCACCAGUUUGUCUGAGGUGGAAGAGCGCUUUCUUCAGUCGGCGGAGUACGGAAACAUCCCUGAGGUGCGCCGCAUGCUCCUGCACGUGCCUAAUCUAAACGUAAACGCUGUGGACUACAUGGGCCAGAAUGCACUGCAGCUCGCUGUGGCCAACGAACAUCUGGAGGUGACAGAGCUGCUGCUGGGGAGGGAGGACCUGGCCCGAGUGGGGGACGCUCUUCUGCUGGCCAUUAGUAAAGGUUACGUACGCAUCACCGAGGCUCUGCUUGCUCACCCCUCGUUUGAAGACACUCACCGUCUGACCGCGAGUCCAGCUCAAGCCGACAUGUUGGACGACUUCUACGCCUAUGAUGAAGACGGGACACGGUUCUCUCAUGAUGUGACUCCCCUGAUCCUGGCGGCCCACUGUCAGGAGUAUGAGAUUGUGCACACGCUGCUCAGUAAAGGUGCUCGCAUCGACCCUCCGCACGACUAUUUCUGCGGCUGCGACUCCUGCAACUACCAGCAGCAGUUCGACUCCUUCAGCCACUCUCGGUCUCGGAUCAACGCCUACAGAGGGCUGGCCAGUCCAUCCUACCUGUCGCUGUUCAACGAAGACCCAGUAUUAGCCGCACUGGAACUCAGCAAUGAGCUGGCCAUGCUGGCUAACAUAGAGAAAGAGUUUAAGAAUGACUACUGCCAGCUGUCGAGUCAGUGCAAAGACUAUGUGGUGGGUUUACUGGACCUGUGUCGCAGCACGGAGGAGGUGGAGGCCAUCAUGAGCGGAGAGACUGAUGCCGAGGACAUUUACGAGCUCCCGGUGCGACCGUCCCUCACUCGACUUAAACUCGCCAUCAAAUAUGAACUCAAAAAGUUUGUGGCCCAUCCAAACUGCCAGCAGCAGCUCCUGAGUAUCUGGUAUGACGACCUGCCUGGUCUGAGACAGCAGACCACCGCAGUCAAGCUCCUGGUGGUUUUUGCUGUGGCGAUGGGACUCCCUGUUCUCGCUCUGGCCUACUGGGUCGCCCCCUGGAGCAGAGCUGGGAAAGUGAUGCGGAGCCCUUUCAUGAAGUUUGUCGCCCAUGCUUCUUCUUUCACAAUCUUUCUGGGGCUUCUCAUCCUGAAUGCAGCUGACAGAUUUGCUGGGACCACUAUUAUGGCCAAUAUGACCCACCACGAGCUUCAGAACAGCCUCUGGUCAGACCCCCGGCUCCUGUACCGCUCCACCACCACCCCCUUCACCUGGAUGGAGAUUCUAAUACUGUCCUGGGUCAUCGGAAUGAUCUGGGCAGAGGUGAAGGAGAUCUGGAGCCAGGGUCCUGGGGAGUAUUUGGUCGAACCCUGGAACUUCCUGGACUUCGGGAUGUUGGCAAUUUUUCUGGCCUCUUUCAGCUGCCGUGCAUCUGCGCUGAGACAUGCUGACUCUGCCCAAUCCUUUGUCUAUAAACAUUACAGCACUUUGAGCAACGUGACGCUGCCCCCUGAGAUCCAAUACUUCAACCUGCCGCGUGUUUUGUGGGUGCCUUCCGACCCUCAGCUGGUCUCCGAGGGCUUGUACGCGGUGGCGGUGGUUCUGAGUUUCUCCCGAAUCGCCUACAUCCUCCCGGCCAACGAGAGCUUCGGCCCGUUGCAGAUCUCGCUGGGCCGGACGGUCAAAGACAUCUUCAAGUUCAUGGUCAUCUUCCUCCUGGUGUUUCUGGCCUUCAUGAUCGGCAUGUUUAACCUGUACUCUUACUAUCUGGGAGCCAAGCAGAAUGACGCCUUUACCACGCUGGAGGAGAGUUUCAAGACAUUGUUCUGGGCUAUUUUUGGGCUUUCGGAGGUCAGAUCUGUGGUCAUCAACAACGGACAUAAAUUCAUUGAGAACAUUGGUUACGUCCUGUAUGGUGUCUACAACGUCACCAUGGUGAUAGUGCUUCUCAACAUGCUCAUAGCGAUGAUCAAUAGCUCCUUUCAAGAGAUCGAGAAUGACGCAGAUGUGGAGUGGAAGUUUGCUCGAGCCAAACUGUGGUUCUCGUACUUUGAGGAGGGCAGGACGCUGCCUGUUCCCUUCAACCUGGUGCCCAGUCCCAAGACUGCACUGGGUCUGGUGACAUCGCUCCGAUCUCUGGUUUUCCAUCACAUGUUCGGACACAGCGAGGAGAAGACGGAAACACAACUCAACCAGCUUGGAGACAGCAAAUUGUCUGGAUAUAGUACUUCCUCAAGUCCAACGCGGUAUCAGAAGAUCAUGAAGCGACUCAUAAAACGCUAUAUCAUCAAAGCGCAGGCCGACAGAGAGAGCGACGAGAUCACUGAGGGAGAGCUGAAGGAGAUAAAGCAGGAUAUCUCCAGUUUAAGAUACGAGCUGCUGGAGGAUAAAUCUCUGAACAUGGAAAACCUGGAAGGACUUCUGCAGAGACUGGCUCAGACUGGAGCUACAUCUGCCUGA